AUGAAGAUCAUCCUAGCCCUCGCUGUGUUGGCUGUGGCUGCGGCCGAACAGUUGCCACUCGUCAACCCGCCCAUUGCCAUCGUGCGAAACAGCCAGGUGAACCCCGACCAGUUCGGCGCCCACAGCUCCGACUUCGAGGCUGCCAAUGGCAUCGUGUUCCAGUUCUCGGGUUCUGAGGGCGUCGCUGGCGGUUCUAACAUGGUUGGCUCUUGGAGUUACCCUCUGGAAGAUGGUCCCGUAGCCUCUUUCAAGUUCGUGGCCAACGAGAACGGCUACCAGCCCGAGUCGUCCCUCCUGCCUGUGGCCCCCGCCUUCCCCCACCCAUCCCCAGUUCGUCCUCGACCAGAUCGAGUUCGCCGCCUCGAGGACGAGCGCAAGGCUCGCGAAGGUGCAAAGGCUCAAGAGAAUUUCAUCUUCCACACUGAUUGUCCUCGUUUAGUGAUCGUGAAUGUACCAUUUUCUUGUCUACGUCUGACAUCAGGUGCCUCUCCAGCUUGCAGGUUACAAUGUACUUGUAAUGGCCAGAGAAAACAAGCACAAAUUCAUUUACAUGGGCACGAAGUUCAAUCUUCAAAAAACAUUCUUGUGAAGUUCGGGUCAUCCUCUCACCGACUAUAUAACGUGGCCUCACACCUGACACAGGCCGGGCCAUAA